CACAUCUCUCGUCCGUCCUCGACGCUCAACAAUCGCACGAUGGAUCAGCCAUCGCUCCUGAAGCGUUACCGACCAUACUACCGCCCCGGCGAGGUCGAGCGUAUGACCGCUCGACAGCGAGGCAAACUCAGCAUCUCACGCGAGGAGCGUGUGCGCCAGCAAGCGUGCGCGUUUAUCGACGCGGUGGGGGUGCGAUGCGGAUUUCCACGUAGAACGAUCGCGACCGCGCAGACGCUCUACCAUCGCUUCCAUCUCUUCUUCCCCUACGCGGAGUUCCACUACAUCGAAGUCUCCCUCACGACACUAUACGUCGCGUGCAAGCUGCACGACACGCUCAAGAAGCCGCGCGACAUCAUCCUGGCCUCAUACGCGCUGCGGUUCCCGCACCUCGUGCGCAAGACGGCCGUGGAUGUGUCCGCCGUAGACCCGGCCACGCUCGAAGCAGAGCGCAAGCGCGUUCUGUCAGUGGAACGGCUCGUGCUCGAGACGCUGUGUUUCGCGUUUGGCGUCGCCGUGCCUUUCCCCUACGUGAUCAAGAUCGGGCGCCGCCUCGGCCUCGGCGCGGACAGCGUGAGGGCGGCGUGGCGCGUCGCCGUCGACGCGCACCGCACUCCCGCGCCCCUCAGCUUCCCGCCACACGUGAUUGCGCUAGGGAGCAUUUACGCUGCCGCGCUACUGGGUAGCGAAAGUACGACGCCCCAUGCAGAAGGCGCGAAGGAGGACGCAACUAUCCAACUUCUGGGCAAGGAGGGGCCGUGGGAGACCGAGUACGCGGCCACCGCAGGCGCAGUCGACGAGGUCGCACACGCUCUGCUCGACUUGUACACGACGAUCUUGAGCACGCCCGCGACCGACCCCUCACUCCAGCUCUACUCGCCCUCCCCUGUAUCGCCGCGUGAGGCGUCAAGAUCGGCCCGGCCGUCGCCGGCCCCUGCCAGUGUUGGGGGGACGGCGUACAGACUCCCAACGAAAUGGACGCCGCAGGCAUUGACUGAGCUCAAAAUCCACCUGCGUGAGCGGCGACCAGGGGAGAUGCCAUGGGACGAGGAGAGCGAUGGCGAGGGUGUCGAGGGAAUGGGCCGGAGCGACGCGACGGUCCGGUUUGUCUGGGACUGAGCAGUAGAGUGCCCGCCGACUUGUAGCGCAUGGGGACAAAGUAUAAUGCAUAGGUCUACC